AUUUUGCAGCAUAAUUUUUAUGUGCAUUCUGAAUUUCAUAGAGACAAAUUUCAAAUUUCAAAUUGAAAUCCAAGCACGCAAUUUCUGAGGGCGGGUUUACUAAUUCUGCAGAUUGAUAGGUUUUGUGAACAGAAGAGGGAAUUUUUUUUUGAAGCGAAUAAAGAAUCAAUGGAGGGAGGAGGGAAUAGAGGGCGAGGCAGAGGAAGAGGACGAGCAGAGCAAUCAACGAUGGCAACCGCAGCCUCAGGGGACUAGUCAAGGGAGAGCUGGGAGAGUCGAUCCCCGGCCGAAUUAUGCUAGAGCCGGUUUCCGCCUGUCUCUGGUCCAAGCCAAGCUACACCAGUCGGUCAAGGAAGAGGUCAAGGCCCUCCUUAGGCAUGGGGACGAGGAAGGCAACAGCAAUUAGCCCCGCGGCCUUCUGUUCCGCCUGGAAUGAAUCCAUGUUUGGCUAUUGAGAAAGCCUCGAAGAAAAUGGCUGAGGUAAACAUUCAAGAGCCCCUGGCCCCAGUUAACGUUCCACAGAUUUCUGGUACUAGCCCUAGCACCAGUACCGGUAGUAGUGAUAAAAAACUGAACUCAGGAGAUCGGAAGCCUAUGAGGAGGCCCGAUGCUGGAGGGAAAAAUGGGUUUAAACAGAUUCGCCUCUUUGCUAAUCAUUUCAAGGUCGAAUUUCAGCCCGCUCAACAGAUCUUCCAUUAUGAUGUGAAGAUAACACGCCAGUCUGUCAAAAAUAGUUCUUCCAAACGUAGAGGAAAGCAGAAAGCAGGCCUUGGUGCUUCUACCGCCGAGGUUCAAGACAUGGCGAUCACUGUGUCUAGGGCAGAUGCAGAAGAGAUUAAAAACAAACUGGGUGCAGAGAAUUGUGUGGCUUUCCGUAAUGCAAUGCCUGUUUACGAUGGCAAAAAGAACCUGUACAGUGCGAUCGAAUUGCCAGAGGGUGAUUUUACCGUGAAGCUCCCUAAAGGGGAAGGCAGUGAUGUUAAAGAAUAUAAGGUGACUCUAAGGCUAGCCAACACGCUGGACGGGCAUAGACUAGCAGAGUUUCUUGAUAGAAAUAUAGGCGACCAUGUGUGCAACAGGAAAUGUUGCAGACGUUGGAUCUGGUAGUAAGGGAGCAUCCCAGCAGCAGCCGGAUAAUCAUGGGGCGGAGUCUUUACGAUAAGCGUGAAAAUUUACAGAAAUCUCUUACGAGUGGCAUUGUAGCUGGACGCGGGUUUUCAAUGAGUGUCAGGCCUACGGCCCAGGGGCUAUCUCUUAAUGUGGAUUUUUCAGCAGUGGCUUUCCAUGCAACAAUAGAUGUAUUAGAUUAUUUGUGGCAGAAUCGACGUAUUGAUUGCAAACCAGACAAAGAACUCGAUAAAAAUGAGCGACCGGAGGCUGAAAGUGCUCUGAAGGGUUUGAAGGUGGCUGUCAAACAUAGGGUCACAAAGCAAAAAUACACCGUGUGGAGACUGACUAAAGAAAUUACCAGAGAGCUCAAGUUGAACAUUGAAGAGAACGGGCAGCAGAAGCAGAGCAUUAGCCUUGUGGAUUACUAUCGGCAGCGUUACAAUGUGGACAUCAAGUACAAACUGCUUCCUUGUUUGGACCUGAGCAAGCAUUCUGACAGACCUAAUUAUGUUCCCAUGGAGUUGUGCCAAAUUUGUGAAGGGCAGAGGUUUCCGAAGGAUAAUCUCAGUACAACUCAGCUAAAAAAAUUGCGGAGCAUAGCUUGUCCCCAGGUGCACCAGAGGCAACAAACAAUUAAACGAAUCAUGGGACUAGACGAUGGACCUAGAUGAAAUGACACGAGUGACAGCACGGGUGCUAGAUGCACCCGAGCUGAGGCUGGGUGACCGGGGGAAACUUAGACGUAUUAUUCCACGGCCAGAUGAGAGGAAAUGGAACCUGCUUAAAAGCCAUGUUUUUGACGGAAAAAACAUUGAGAGAUGGGGAAUCAUACAUUUUGCAAAUCAGGAGCCAGGAAAGCAGACUCGUAUGGUGGUGAAUAAUUUCUGCAAUGCCAUGGUGAACAGGUUCCAAACCCUAGGCAUCAACAUGCAUACAAACCCAAUGAUCAAUAAAUCAGAUGAAAUGGCCAAGUUUGAUAAUGUGGCACAGCUGAAGCAGACUCUGACUGAAAUAUACACCAGUAGCCAAGGGAAGUUACAAAUUUUGAUAUGUAUUAUGCAGGAAAAGCACGCUGGCUACAAAAGCCUCAAGCUUAUCUGUGAGACAGAAAUAGGCCUGGUAACGCAAUGCUGUUUGUGGGAUAAUGUCAAAAGGUGUGGUGAUACAAAAUACAGUUCUCAGUAUUUGGCAAAUUUUGCUCUCAAGGUCUAUGCCAAAGUAGGCGGGAGUAAUGCAGCGCUCAACCCAGUUUCCACCCAGUUACCACGCUUUGGGAACUCUCACGUUGUGUACUUUGGAGCAGACGUGAAUCAUCCAGGCAAGCGAGAUGAAAUAAGCCCGUCAAUUGUUGCUGUUGUAAUGAGCAUCAACUGGCCCGAAUCCAACCGUUAUGUGGUCAAAAUCCGAUGCCAGAAAAACCGUCAGGAAUACAUUUCAAGCUAGGACAUGUCUAAGGAAUUGCUAAACAAGUAUCUCGACAAGAACAAAAAGUUGCCCGAAAGGAUUAUCUUUUUCAGAGACGGGGUGAGCGAGGGACAAUUCCAUAUAGUCCUAAACCAUGAGGUAGAAGCCUUGAAAGAGGCAUUCAAGCAAUUUGGAGAAGCGUAUAAUCCGAUUAUUUCGUUCAUAGUAGCGCAGAAGCGUCAUCACACAAGGCUGUUCCCCGUGGACGAUAGGAACACUUGUAUGCCACACAAUGUGCCACCUGGUACAGUCGUGGACACUUCAAUAGUUCACCCAAGGGAAUUUGACUUCUAUCUGUGCAGUCACUAUGGUCUGCUAGGCACCAGCAAGCCAACCCAUUAUCAUGUUCUUUGGGACGAGAAUCAGUUUAGUUCCGAUGAGUUGCAGACACUCAUCUAUAAUCUGUGUUACACAUUUGCUAAGUGCACAAAGCCCGUCUCACUGGUGCCUCCCAUUUAUUACGCUGAUCUGGCAGCCUACAGAGGCCGACUGUAUGUCGAAGGCUCUUCGUCUUCUUCUUCUUCAGACUCUAUCGGUAUUCCGAAGAUCAACGUUGGGGUCGAGAAUUUCAUGUUUUUUAUCUGAUACUCUGCAUUUUCUCCUUUCUGUUUUUUUUUCGGCUACGUGACUCUUUCCAGGGGUUAGCAUAAACACUGGUUUUGUGUGUCGAUUUCCAAUUUUAUGAAUUGUCUGUCAUAUUUCAAAGACUAUAGCAUAUGAACAACACGAACACCCUGCUGAAAGGCGCAAAUGGACUAUAAUUAGUUACAUAAUAAGUAUGAGGAAAUCUAUUUU